UUCGGCCCUGUUGGGAGCUGAGCGCUGGCAGGGCUGUGGCGGAACUCGUAGGUCCUCGCUGUACCGCUUGUCAGGGAGACUAAGCUUGGCAACCACCAGGGACUCGGCUGUACCUUGCCCUAUUGGUCAUGGCUGCAAUGUAUGCCUCGGUGCAGAAGCGAGGUCACCCUCCGGGACCCUCUGGAGCAGCUUGUGAUCCUGCAGAGGCAGAGCUCGAGGGGGUAGUGUAUAGCACCGUAAAGCCUAGAGCCCUUCGUGGGGGCACUGGGACCCCCACAGAAUACACUUCCGUAGCCUUACCCAGUUCUGCAGCCUUGGAAAGCCCUGAAUGCUCCUCCCCGGGUUCCGGGAGGCCCCUGCUGUCUCCGGUGUUUGCCCCUGGCACUGCAAGGAAAGGAACUGCCCUGGGCCUGGGGCCUAUGAGGAUGUGGCAGACAUUGCAAUUCCAGGACUGGGUCCCAGUGGCCUCCAGCCCAGCAGCAGCCUUGGCUUCAACAUUCGAAUUGGAAAACCAAAAGGUCCCCGGGAUCCUCCAGCUGAGUGGACCCGAAUGUAGGAAGCCUGUUAACACAUUCCUGCCCAUCUUUCUGCCUGGAGCCCGGGCCCAAGGCACCUUUGGCUGUGGUUCAUUAGCGUGGCAGGGACAUUGAUAAAGUGGAAAGAGCACCUAGGAGGCAAGUGGCCCAGAGAAGGACGCACCUAACUUGCGAGGAGAAGCCGGGGAGGGGUGGUGGGGACAAAACCUUUCUGUUCAGGUGUUUGAAGGGAUGCCACAGAAGGAGUAGACUUGUUCUGCUUGACCUCAGAGGGCUGAUUGGGGAGCGUCAAAGAGCAGAAACCUAGGUUUAAGGGUAAACUGCCUUGGGAAGUAGAAUGACCCUCUGUUAGAGAGAGUCACGGUGCCGAGGGGUUCGGUGGGGAUUUCCCUAUGUGUAUAGGUUGUCCUAAAAGGCCAAACGAAACCAUACCUCACUAGCUUCUCUCUCUCU